GCAUAAGCGAAAAGUUGCUGUGAUUAUUUACCAUUGAUUAAAAAAAUAAACAUUAAAAAUGGUGCAAGCGUGGUACAUGGAUGAAGAGAAAACUGAUCAGCGUUUGGAACAUCACAAGAACCCGCCCGAAUUCAUUUCUCUCGAAGAUCUGUACAAGAAAACCGGCGUUGAAUAUUUUAAACUGAAUGUGGACACAUACACAACUGAUGGAGUUCUGGACAAGUUGAAGCAGGAACGAGGUUACACCUAUGAGGAUGAGAUGACCUGCUCCAAAGAAUGUUUACCCAACUAUGAGGAAAAAAUCAAGUCUUUCUUCACUGAGCACCUGCACACUGAUGAGGAGAUUAGGUUUGUACUGGCUGGUUCUGGAUACUUCGACGUGCGUGAUGGCCAGGACCAAUGGAUUCGUAUCGCUGUCACCGCCGGCGACAUGAUCGUCAUCCCCAGUGGCAUCUACCACCGGUUUACACUUGAUACUAACAACUUCAUAAAGGCGAAGCGAUUCUUCAUAGGCGAGCCAGUGUGGCUGCCGUACAACCGCCCCGCUGACGACAUGGACGCUCGGAAGCAACGUUCCAUCUACGCUCCAGACGAUUACGACUACGACAACGAGGAGGAGGAGGAAAAUCCCAAAAAAUAUAAAGUUUUUAAAAUAUUUAAGAAAUCAUACACCGAUCUUAACAUUCCUCCUUGCUCUUGUAUAUCUAUACCGGACAUUAAAAAACGAGAUCGCAAUAGCAAUUUCACCAGUGGUAACAAAUUCAGUAAAAAGGGUCGCGCCUUUGAAACUUACGGUGCCGUCAGCCCGACUCCCAGUACCAUCAGCGGUAUAGCUUCCGGCAUCAGCAACACAGAGCGCGCCCACGGUGGCAGUGACGACCUUAUAGGAGCCAGUAGUGAUAGAACUAGUUCCUAUGAGGAACUACAAGACGGCAGUAGAAAUAGGCAACCAGCAAGCCUUCCUGGCAGUACUACUGUCUUCACAAGGCCUAAAGGUGGCAGUACCAGUGGAUUCACUAAUGGCCUUAACGGUAACGGCAUUUUCGGAGAAACUCGAGGCAGUACCCGUACCUUAACGGGAGGUCCUGGCAGCAAUCCUAAUGCUUAUAGGGGAGAAAUUACCAGAAGUGAUACUCCCCUUUCACGAGUUCUAGGCGAUACUGCAGGAAAUAAAGAUAUAAAUUCUGAUACACUGGCUACAGACCUUAGUGAAGACACUAGAGCCUUUGCAGGAAACAAAAUUGUAGAUAACAGUGCAUUUGAAGAAGUCCAUGUUGGCGCCGGCGGUACAAGUAAAUUUAAAGGGAACAAAAACACCUUUGUGGCUGGCAGUAAUGACGGCACCAGCAUCGCCCCAAAAGGAGUGAGUGCUGACACCGCGACAGUUCGUGGUGCUGGUGGUGCCACCAGUGCCCUAGCAGGCAGCAGACAUGCUGGUGCCUUUGCAGGGGCCCUUGUUGGUGGUGCUAGUGUCGUGACUGGGGGCAAAACUACAGAAAGUGGAGCCCAUGCUAAAGGUCUAGCUGGUGGUACUACUAUCGUUUCGGGUGGUAAAAGUGCUGAUAUCAGUGAAUUUGCACGUGAUCUUGGUGAAGAUACUGAUAAAAGUGCAAACACUAACGCCUUUGCAGGAGAUUUUGGUGAUAAUACCAAUAUCGCUUUGGGUGACAAAAUAAUUAAUUUUAGUUCUUUUCCAAGAAGCGUUGGUGGCAAAAGUAGUAACCUCACAGAGGGCAAAACUGCCGAUGCUGGUGGCCUUGCAAAAGGUUUUGCCGGAGGUACAAGUAUUGUUAUGAGUGGCAAAAGUAUUGAUGUCAGUCCUUUUACACGUGGUCUUAAGGGGGAUACAACUACUUCUACAGGGAGCAAAAGUACUGACACCAGCGCUUUUGCCGGAGGUCUUAUUAGUGGUGCUAGUAUUGCCAAAGGUUCUAAAAGUGCUAAUAUCAGUGAAUUUCCUGGAACUCUUGCUGGAGACAAAAGUUUCUUUACUUGGGGCAAAAGUGCCGGCGUCAUUGAUCACAUGGAUGGCAAAAGUGUAGAAACAGGUGCCUUUACGGAGAAACCUGGUAGUAACAAGAGUGCCAACGGGAGUAAAAGUGCUGGCAUCAGUAAUAUCGUAGUAGGCAAAAGUGCUGACACUGGUGCUUUUGGAAGUAUUAGUGGUGGUGGUGGUGGUGGUGGUAUCAACUCAAGCGGCGUCUCCAAUCGUUCCAGUAGUGGGGUCACUCCAAUAUUUACCUCCAGCUCUGGUGAGACUGAUAGUUAUACUGGAGAUUACUCUCGUGGUGUAAGUAAUCUCGCAAGUAGAGCAGGUGGAGGUCUCAGCCACAUUGCUGGUGGCUUCUCUACAGGAACAGACGCGGCUACUAGUGGUAUCGUUGGUGGCGCUACAAAUAUUGCUAGUGGAGCAUACAGCGGCAUUGCAACGGUUAAAGGGAUAAUAACGUCUGUUGCUUCUAGCAUCGCGGGUGGAGUUAGCGCUGUUGCUAGUGGAAUUGGCUCUAUCACUACUGGUAUAUCCAAUGUUGCCGGUGCAGCAGCAAGUGGUAUCACGGGUGGAGUUGGUAGCGUGGCUGGUGCAACUUCAACCGUGACUAAUACUGCUGGUGCAUCAAGUAGAGAUUACGGUAAUGUUGCGAGCGGGGUUGGCUCUAUCGCUGCAGGUAUAUCUGGUGGAUUAAGCACUGUUACCGAAAGUAUCUUACAAGGGCUUGCCGUCGUUGCUUUGGGAAUAUAUAGUGGCCUUAGCAUCGUUGCCGAUACCGUAUACAGUGGCAUAAGCAGUGUUGCUGGUGGUAGUUCUGGUUUCUUGAGUGGCGAGUCUGGUGGCGGAUCCUCCGUUCCAUCUCCUGACCCAGGCCAGGGUCACGGUACAUUAUUGUGCUUGUACCCGUAA